GGAACGCAAUAUUAGUUGCAGUUUUAAUUCCACGCCGGUUGGGUCGAGACUUCGUUAGUGUUCUAAGUAAAGCCAGUUAACGUGCGCAUGAUACUAUUAACGCAAGUGAUUAAUUGAGCUGAUGCCCAUUAGGCAAUUGUAGUGCAUUCAAGUGGACAGGUGAAAUUCAGCUGAGCGUCCCACCAGAUAUUAUGAAGUUACUUUUCCUGGUAAUACUGCUGGGGAUAGCGAUUAAUGGCAGUCACCAGAAAACAUCUCCAUGUCCUGCAGUCUUUAGUUACGAUGAAAAGGAAGACACGUCGGACACAUGGUAUGGAACGCUGCGACUAAAAACCAACGUUCCUUUGCAUGGAAUCUUCAUCGAUGUGAUUUUCGAUGGACAAGUUUACGUGUUUGGGCAGGCAUAUUUCAAGGACGUUACAACCAAAGAUAAUCUACGAUUUCAUAUUGAGGAUAAGACAUAUCAGUUGAACGCUGGAGAGACUUUGAUUUUAAAAUUCUAUGUAAAACAUUCGGAAUACGGACGAUCUCCGGGUCUACGGCAAGUCCGUUUCAAUGGACAAAAUAUCUGUGUGGACCUACCAACUGUGAAGCCAACAGUUACUGAUCGUCAUCAAAUCAAGCCAAUUGUGCUCAGCCCGUAUGAUAAACCGAUUGUGUAUCCAGAUGAUCCAAUAACACGAGAACACCGACCUAACAGAAGUGAUAACUUGCAUGAUAUAACAGCAUAUUCAGUCCAAGCGAUCAACCCUGAUGUACGUCACGAUCCUGAAACUAACCUUCUUGCUAACUAUACUUAUCCAACAUCAACUAGUUCAUUGUUUAACACAAAACCCACUUCAAUGACCCGAGAUGAUGUUUCUAAGAUGCAAACAAGAUUUUCAGAAACAUCGAACGUGUCAACUGGAGUCAACAAUCAGAACAGUAGCCCGACGAUAGAGAAAAACCGCGAAGAAUAUGAUCCUAUUCAAGAUCCAUCAAUUUGGAAGAAGCCGACUACGGAAACAUCGACAUCGCGAUCAAUUCGACAACCAGUCCCCGGUUAUGAGAACACCAACGACAACAACAACAACUAUAACUUAAAUGUGCGGACCUCUACUAGCCCUGGAAAUUACCGUCCACGCACCACCGAGCGUACUACAACCACGGAAUCAUCCUAUUUUCAAGGGGACCAUCAUUACCAAAGAAGCUCUACUCAAAAGCCGUCGUAUUUCCAGGGAGAUUAUGCCUUCAUUCAACCAGUUGAAACAUCUACCCACUACAUAAACUCGUACGACAAUGACAUCUGCGGAACGGUUGUCCCUAAAGCGAAUCCCCUGGUAGUUCACGGCAGCUCAGCUCAGCACGCUCAAUUUCCAUGGCACGGUGCGUUGUACCGUUCGUCCUCUACCGAACUGCGCUAUCUCUGUGGAUCCACACUUGUCUCGAAACGGUUCAUCCUCACAGCGGCCCACUGCGUUGCUCUGGAGAAAAGCCGUCGUCCAAUAGAUGCGGAUAACUUGCUGCUCUAUCUGGGAAAGACCAAUCUCAAAAAGUGGACCGGCCCGGAACAAGAUGCCAAGGUCGAACGUAUUCUCAUACAUCCGGAUUACAACUACGAGCGUUUCUUCGCGGAUGUGGCGUUGCUGAAGCUGAAGGCAGAUGUGAAGUUUAACAACUUCAUUCGGCCGGCUUGUAUGUGGAACUUUGACGAAGAUUAUAAAGUUUUGAUCAACAAGGUCGGACUGGUGCCCGGUUGGGGCUACAAUGAACGAGGAUUGGUUAGCGAGGAAUUGUCGUUCGCGCAGAUGCCAGUAGUGGCGCACGAAACGUGCAUAUGGUCCAAUCGAGACUUUUUCAGCAAAGUGACCUCGAAUACAUCGUACUGUGCCGGAUUCAGGAAUGGAACCUCGGUCUGCAAUGGAGAUAGCGGCGGGGGAAUGGUUUUUAAACAGAGCAACCGAUGGUAUCUACGAGGAAUUGUUUCGGUCAGUGCUGCGCUUCAAGACAAGAUCACAUGUGACCCUAACCACUAUGCCGUGUUCACCGAUGUUGCGAAGUUCUUGGGAUGGAUUAAGAGUUUUAUUUGUGUCCUAGGCUUGCCUUUGCGUGGUUCAGCAUUUCGCUUCUUCCUGCUUCUACUGAGUACUCAAUCGGCUAGCGCCGGGCGCCAAAUAAUCGAACAGUCCUAUCAUCAGCCUGUCACCAGUCCGACUACUACGGGUGAAGUCAACUGUAACGAUCUGUUCAAUGUGGAUCGCGAAAGCUACUAUCAAAAGCGGUAUGAGGGGACACUGCAGCUGAAGAGUGACAUCGCGUUGCGUGACGUUGAGAUCGAUCUUCGGUUCGAUCGCCAAGUCGAUUUGUUGGUGAAUUAUUUUGGAGGCGCAGCUAGUGUUAAUAAUCGUGAUUUCCGAAUAACUAAGUCCGGUUACAAACUAUUCCCUUAUACGCUAUUAAGGAUAAAGCUUGAAGUUAGCUAUUCCACAUCGUCACCCCCACAGCUAGAGGAGGUUCGACUUAAUGGAGUUAUUGUAUGCCCCAUUAAAUUUGUUAGCAGAACCAGCGUUUCAACCGAAUCAUCAACUCCAGUUUAUCGCUACCCGCCAAACAGUUGGAGUCUCGAAAGAAAUCCAGUUCCGUUACUACGACCAUCGGCUAUCAGCAAUAUCCCUUCGUUUCAACCAAUUCAGCAACCGGCGGCUGUGCCACGCAAUUUCACCGAUGAGCGAGAAAACCGUUUCAAUUCAUCAUGUGCGGCAAUGAGUCCGAGCAUUAUUAUCACCGCCGGUCGUUGGGAUGGAGAGUUGACACUGAACACUGAGGUGGCCGUUGAACAUGUGGAGAUUGAGAUUGUAUUCGAUAGACCCGUUUACGUCCUUGGGAAUCUUUUCGGAGAAGUACAUACCCUGGACGGCGUCCGAUUUAUAAUUGAAAACAGCACCCUGGCGCUGGCUGCCGAUGCCGAGGUGAAACUCAACUUUUUCGUGAAAUUUAACGAGAACGGUCGAAUCCCGGACGUCCAGGAGGUCAACUUCAAUGGUCGGGAUCUGUGUCGGCAACGAGUGCGACGGGUUUCUGUUACAAGCGAGGCCUCUGUGGGAAUUUUUGACACGAGAAGAGUGACAACCGAACGGACGUUAAGAGAAUCGAGCACGACAAAAGCUGUAUCAGAAGAAGAGUAUGAUGAAAGCGAUUGCGCCACGAUAUAUCCUUCGAACGAUCCCGUCGUUCAAUCCAGAAUCAUCGGCGGAACAAAUGCUAAAUCUGGAGAGAUUCCGUGGCACGUCGCCAUAUACAAUGAUGAUCAAUACCAAUGCGGUGGAAGUAUCAUCUCGAGCCGAAGCAUUUUAACAGCAGCCCAUUGCCUUACCAAGGAAAAUAGUAACGAAACUUUGGAAAUGGAACUCUUCAAGGUCUACAUCGGUAUUGUGGAUAUCGGAUUGAUAGAUGAUUAUUUCUUCCAUACUGCUGAAAGCGCCACAAUCCAUCGCGAUUAUAAUUCAGCGACGCAGACUACGGAUAUUGGAAUACUCAAACUUAGGAGGGAUAUCAUUUUCAACAAUUUCAUCAAACCUGUUUGUCUGUACCGGAAUACGACUGACAUCAGUGCGUUUUACAACCGAUAUGGAAAGGUGGCCGGAUGGGGAAUUAACAGGAAUGGCAUUGUUACCAACAUCUUGAACUAUCUGGAUAUGCCCGUUGUUUCACAGAAAAAGUGUUCACAGACAAAUAUUCAGUAUAACACAGUUCUGGCGUUCGGAGAAUCGUUCUGCGCGGGACAUGCUGACGGAAACUCGGUGUGCAAUGGCGACAGCGGCGGAGGGCUGGUAUUUGUCGAUAACUAUCGAUACUAUCUACGCGGAAUUGUAUCGAUCAGCGCUCAGAAACGCAACCAACUCAUGUGUGAUCCGAAUCGCUACUCUGUGUUUACUGAUGUGUCUAAGUUUCUCAAAUGGAUUCGUGAAAAUAUGAAUUAGCAUAUACAAGGAAUGUCAUCUUUCGUUUGAGAAAUCCUAUAUUUUGAGAUUUUGAGGAAAGAGGGGAAAGUCAAACAAAAAUCAAACUAAAGAGGACCCGCAAACCCAAAGUGUUAACUCAAUCGAUUCAAAAUCUCAGCGAAUUGAAGUGAUGAAUGUAGUGUAUAAAAAUGUGAGACA